UUUUGGAGAUGCAAUGCUACUAGCCUGAACAUGCAUAGCCAUCUCUAGACAACUCCGAUAUUAAGUGUUUUUUCUUCUUCUCAAAGUUGCCGGGAUGUCACGUAUCCUACUUAUUACGAAACGUAUAUUCGAUCAAAUAUAAAUCUUUCAUUUUUUGUUGACCAAAUUCGACACUCUCAUUGACCUCCAUACAAAAGCUCCUUGCUUGAUGGUAAAAAAAAAAAAAACCUGCUUGGAGGGAAACAGAUUUUCCGCGGAGCUGGGUCUUCCUCUCUGGGCACAGUAAAAGACACGCAGUGGAUUCCCAGCCCGACACUCAGGAGUUGGACCAGAAUCCCCGUGGCCACGGCCUCAUCCAGCCUGAAAGCGAGGCAAAGCUUCACGUGCGUGCUGACGGAGUUUUCUGCCCAAUCAUGUGGCACACAAGGACACAUACCAGCAGAAAGCAUUCUGUGGUGUGUACAGGAACGAUGACAACAUGUCCCCCUCAGCCGGCCAAGAUCAAAGCUCACGACCACGAUGUGAACACAGUGGCGUUUGCCGACAGCUCGUCCCAGCUGCUGUUCUCAGGCAGCGACGACACGCUCUGCAAGGUGUGGGACAGACUGACGCUGCGGGAGGACAGACCCAAGCCGGUGGGCCAGCUGUCUGGACACAGAGACUGUAUCACCUUCAUCCACAGCAAGGGCGACGCACGUUAUCUGAUCAGUAACUCAAAAGGACCAGUCCAUCAAGCUGUGGGAUAUGAGGAAGUUCUCCCCAAUGGAGGGCCUGGUGGCCUCGCGGCUGAAUAUCGUCCAGCAGGACUAGGAGUACCGUUGGCAGCAGGUUGCCCAGAAUGGUGCUGGGGAGGCCAUGGGUUUGUUGUACAUCUGUACUGGGUCCUAGUCGAGAUCACAUUUAGAUUAGCAAGUGGGCCAGAAACACAGUCCAAUCCGACUGUAAUCUACUCUAGAUUGCUCUCAGAAAAUCUCAUAUUUGCUAUAUUAAGUAUUGAUGACAUGGGUAUACAGUAUGUUUAAUCAAGCGAGGAAAAGGAAGUGACUUCACUAUGGGGAGAGGCAGGACCGCAACAGAGGGAGGACAACAAGCUCAGAGUGAACUGUGAAAUUGCAUCGAUUCAAUGCUAGAUAACAAUACAUAUAAUGUAAAUUCUUACCUCUGUGUGUUUGGUGCAGAAGCCACUAUUAACCCCUGUAUUCACCAAUCUGCAGAGAAGGGAUAGAGUUGAGGCAUUGUCUUCUUUCAGGGGCCUUACUCCUACGCAGACAGCCAUCCCUCCAGCCACAGUGCAGAUGGAGCCACGCUAUCCUGUGUUAUAAAACAAUGACAUUUAAGGAGAAUUGUCUGUUCUGAUGCACCCCAGUGUACAGUAAGAAUAGGAUGAAGGAGACGAAAGCCUCUAUGAAGUUUGGCUGGAGCCGUUUAUGCAGAACUUAUUGAAGCUCACUAAGCACUUGCUCCAAGAGCCCCCAACAAGCCUCAGGCCCACAUUGUGUUUGGUUGCUUAGAGUAAAAAGCAGCCCCCAAAUAAUGCAUAUGUUUUUUUAUUUUUAUUUUUUUUAUUUCACAAUUAGCAAGUCAAUAACACAGUAGAAAAAAUGGGCAGUCUAUAUACAAUGUGUGCAAAAGGCAUGAGGAGGUAGGGGAACAAUGUAGACUAAAACAAUGUCAUAAAUCACAGAAUGAUGAUAAUUCAGUAUAAGGUAUGUUGUAAUGGUAUUAAUGUCCAGAGGUAAGAAGACAGUGUACAAAACAUUAGGAACACCUGUGCUUUCCAUGAGACUGACCAGGUGAAUCCAGGUUAAAGCUAUGAUCCCUUAUUGAUGUCACUUGUUAAAUCCAAUUCAAUCCGUGUAGAUGAAGGGGAGGAGAGAGGUUAAAGAAGGAUUUUAAAUAAAUA